UCCUGCACCGCGGCUGCGUCCCUACUUUCCCUGGCCGAGCCGGCCGAGGAGCGCGGGGUGGGCACGGGAGGACGCGCGGCGCUGCGCAGCCGACCACCUGACGGGUGACCAUGUCGGACAUCGGGGACUGGUUCAGGAGCAUCCCGGCCAUCACGCGCUACUGGUUUGCUGCCACCGUCGCGGUCCCUUUGAUCGGCAAGCUCGGUAUUAUCAGCCCGGCCUACUUCUUCCUCUGGCCCGAAGCCUUCCUCUAUCGCUUCCAGAUAUGGAGGCCAUUCACUGCCACCUUUUAUUUCCCCGUGGGUCCAGGAACUGGAUUUCUUUAUUUGGUCAAUUUAUAUUUCUUAUAUCAGUAUUCUACACGGCUUGAAGCAGGAGCUUUUGAUGGGAGGCCAGCAGACUAUUUAUUCAUGCUUCUCUUUAACUGGAUUUGCAUCGUGAUUACUGGUUUAGCAAUGGAUAUGCAGUUGCUGAUGAUUCCUCUGAUCAUGUCAGUACUUUAUGUCUGGGCCCAGCUGAACAGAGACCUGAUUGUAUCAUUUUGGUUUGGAACACGAUUUAAGGCCUGUUACUUACCUUGGGUUAUCCUUGGAUUCAACUAUAUCAUUGGAGGCUCGGUGAUCAAUGAGCUCAUUGGAAACCUUGUUGGACAUCUUUAUUUCUUCCUGAUGUUCAGAUACCCAAUGGACUUGGGAGGAAGGAAUUUUCUGUCUACGCCUCAGUUUUUGUACCGCUGGCUACCCAGCAGGAGAGGAGGGGUGUCAGGCUUUGGUGUGCCCCCAGCCAGCAUGAGGCGAGCUGCUGACCAGAAUGGCGGAGGCGGGAGACACAACUGGGGCCAGGGCUUCCGACUUGGAGACCAGUGAGGAGCAGCCCUGGCCUACUCACCAGCCAUGCUAAGCAGAUGACAGUUUCCUCCCAGUGCUGGGCACGCUUAAUGGCCAAGUUCUUGCUGCCGUUCUUGGACCUGACCCACGCUGAAUGUAGUCUUUCCGUACAAGACGACAUUUUUAAAUCCUGAAGGAAAAUACAAGUGUUCUUCAAGUUUCAUGAUGUUCAUUCAAGUCCUUACUGCUCUGAAGAACAAAUAUCAGCUGUGCAGAUUUCAAAACCAACUCCUUUUCUGGUGUCUUCUUCCUCCCUUUCCAUCUGAAUAAUGGGCUGGGCAAGUGGGGUUGGUUAGCCAAGCCCUGUGAAAGGAUCCCUUCCUCUUUCUCACACACAUGUCCCCAGAGUUGCAGCUAGAGUUGUCCACAAAAUGGUUUUGCCUUUGACAAACUCUGAUUUAUUGACUUUUGCCAAAGCUUGGUCACAGAGAGCUUGUUGCCACCUCGUUCUCGGCUGUUACUGGCAGGACUGUGACAGUAGGGAGAAGAGUGGAGCAGCGGCUGAAGGGCUUUCUCAGCUGUGGGGACUGGAGCAGCCUGACAGCAGUGCAGCCACUGGCCGCCGCUGCCACCGCCGCCGCCGCCGCCGCCUCAGUUAUUUAUAUACAGAAGCACCACUGAGUCAGUGAGGGCCCAGACUGGGAGUGGUGACGUUUAGGAGUUGUUGCUAGGCACUUUUCUCUCCCUAAGCCAAGUGAUCAAAACCAUAGUGGAGUGCUUCUAACAUAGAGAAUGGGUUUAAACAUGCUGUCUGUGUUUCUUCAUGGGGUGUACUAGCUUUGUGUACCCUGAGCAGUUGUGCUGUGCUGUGUUGUGUUAGGAGCUUCCAGAUCACACUGGCCAGACAUGUCCUGGAGGCAAACUUCGGGGCACCGAUUCCGUUUCCUCCUCAUUGUGGGUGGGCGUUGAUUGAGUCAGUGGAGGAGAGAGCUUCAGACUCUUUAAAUUUUUCUUUCAUUGUUUUCUGUCCCUUAACUUUUUGGUCAAGUGUUUUGGUUCCUGGUGAGGGAAGUACAGCUCUUUGGAUGUGUGUCAGUCAGUCUUUAAGGCUAACAGAAGCAGACCUGAGUAAGGCACACAUAAUUAGAGGUUCCAAUAGCUUUAGAAUUAUUCAUCUUUAUUAUCUUGGGUCAUGCAUGUAUACACUUUGUGAAUCAGACCUACUCCCUUUUUAUAGGUGGGCUUUUGCCAGCCGAGCUCGGCUCAUCACUAAAUAAAGUUUUCUGAAGGCUACAGUGCUUUAUAUAGUUACUUUAUGUUUUGAUUCUGAAACCAGACUGCUGGGAGCAGUGUGGUGUGGCCGCUGUACUUUGAAUGUUGUCACAGGUUUCCAGUACUUUGGUUCCUUUCAGGAAAUGUGCCCUAACAGUAUGACUUGUCUUUCUCUGCUCAACUGUGAUGUGUGUUGUAUUAGGAAGUGGGAGUCUGAAAGUUUGUGUACCUCUCCAUAUUUAAUGUAUAUGAUAAACUAUUGGGUGGAGAGAGGCUGACCCUAAACUCUGGUUCUCCUGCUGACCUGAGGCUGUGAUAAAAGGUGUUUUUGUAAAAUUCCAGAGGCCACUCUUCCUAUGGCAUUGCACAUGCGCUCCCUGGGCAAGGUGGAGGCUCGAACGCGAAAAGAACUCUGCCAGGGAGAGAGCAAGAGACUCUAUACUCUCCCACCAGGCUGGUUCCUGAGAGCGCUUUUUCUAAGGGUCUGCAAGUAUGUAGAACUUCUGUUCAAGGCGCAAUGUUCACUAAAUUGUUUCUCUUGAACAUGGUUAGGAAGCUGAUAAUUUUAUUAUCUUGCCUGGAUUACCAGUCCUUCCGGGAUAGUUUUACCAAAGCAAGCUGUUUCAGUUUUGACUUCACAAGGUAAGACAUCACAGUGGGUUCUCUUUAUGAAUGUGAAAAAACCUUAUUUUGUACAGACAGCUUUCCUUUUUGUAACUAAUCCUUUUUACUGGUAAAUAUUGUAAAUUAAAAUGUGCAACUUGAAGGCUGUCUAUGUUAAGUUUCCAUACCUCUGCUGUGCUGUGUUAUACAAUGUAACUUAUGUUAUUGUCUUCACUGGAUCAGUUUUCUGUGAUCUCCAGUAGUUUUUGAUUAGCAGGACACAGCAAGCCUUUUUGUAUAUGGUUGUUCAUAUAUUAGAGAAUGUUGGAACUCCUGGAAGAAUUAGUGCUGAGUUUUCCUUUGUGUGUGUGUGUGUGUGUGUGUGUGUGUGUGUGUAUGUGUAUGAGAGAGAGAAAGUGAGAGUGUGAGUGUGUAUAUGAGAGAAAGUGUGUAUGUGUGUGCAAGUGUGUAUAUAUGUGUGAGAGUAUGAGUAUGUGUGAAUGUGUAAGAAAGGGUAUGUGUGAAUUUGUGAGAAAAAGUGAAUGUAUGUGAGAGUGAUUUGUGUGUGUGUGUGUGUGUGUGUUAUGUAUGUAUUGAUUGGGUCUUGGUAUGUAGCCCAGUCUGUCUGUCUAAACUUGGAAUACUCCUGCCUCAGCCUCCCAAGUUCUGGGAUUAGGCAUAUACCACCACCUCUAGCUUGGGUUUUUGUUUAAUGAAGCAGGGUGCUUCAAGUUUGAGGCUUUCACCCAUGGACGUGAGUGUUGUAGUUCUGGAAUUAUAUAAACCUUCCUUAUGGAAGAGCCCCAGACUAGAACACACAUGCUUGUUUUUUUAUCUUAAAGGUGAACAGUUUGAGUAUGGCUUCCUGGCCUUGCAGUGCAUUUAUUCCAAGAUAGCAACAUGAAGAAGCCGAGCCAUGCACCUCCUUUCUCGCAAUAGACAGAUAUGGAGCAAGAAGAAGAACGGUCCUGUUGAUUUGUAACAACAGGACGUUGCCAGUCUCGCGAUGUUCUGAGCCCCCUUUGGAAUGGACCAAUGGCAGGCGAUGUUGCAGUUGCCGGCAUCUUCCUUGCCGUGGUGUGAGGUCCUUGCCAUUGUACAUUUGCAGUGGUGGCAAUACUGGAUAAUGAAACUUGCUAACCCGUGGGAAAAGGCACACAUCCUUCUGGACUUCUCACUGGCAGUAUCUUGGAAGCCUGGCCUGGGCAAGCGUGAUUGUUGGCAGUUGAUUUGUUUGCUUUCCUGAGUGACUCUGGGUUGGGAUUGGGUGAUGCUGUGUCCUGUGGUUCCUUGGGUGUGUGGUUUAAGCCCAGGGCUCUUGCCCAGGUGUUUUCCUUCUUCCACAUGGUUCUGUUCUCUCCCAUCUGUCCUGACAUGCUAAUGUCUGCAUUCAGGUGUAUCCAUUAUGAAUAUUUUAGGACUCCAUGGCUUUUUUUUCUGACAUGAAACUCAUUUGGGAUUGGGGGUAGGGAGUAAUUAUCUUGUGUCAUUCUCUUCCUACAUAUUUUUAAAGUUCCUGGUGAUUCUGAUACUCAGUUGGCUUUGGGAACCAAUGUUUAAACCAACGUUUUUCUUUCAUUAAAUGUGUUCUUUUGAUAAUUUCA